AUGCCUCGUGAAGGAACGCGAUCUGCCACCGGCAACUCAAAGCCGCGCGUCUUCCAGACUGUUGACACCGCGCCCGCUAUUAAGCGUACCACUAAGUCUAGGGUGAAGAAGUCGCCUACCGCCAGCACCAAGCCUGGACCUAAGGUGAAGGCUGCAAAGCCGACUGGUGUGACCAAGAAGAAGUCUACGGCACCUAAGAAGGACGGUGUCGCGACUAAAGUUAAAGCCGCUGUUAAGAAGGCAGAAGAAAAAGUAGAGAAAGUGGAAGAGAAGGUCAAGAAGACGGUAGCAAAGCCCAAGACAGCUGCUAAAUAG